AUGCCCAGCAACGAGGAGAACAUCGCAAUGAUGCAUCGUCUCGUCUUCGAAAUCCAGCAGGACGCAGACUACUCACUCAUUCCCACCCUCGUGGCACCCAAUUUUAUCAACCAUACGGCUGAAGCAGGCCUGCCCAAUGACAUCUCUGGCGUUGCUAUGGUCAUGCAGUACAUCCACGCAGCGUUCAGUGACAUCAAGAUGCAGAUCGAUAGCUGUAUUUGUGAUAGUGAUCUGAUUGCGACGAACAAGGUGCUGACGGGGAAGCAUGUGGGUGAGUUCAUGGGUGUGAAGGGGAAGGGCGAGAAGAAGAGGGUGAGGAUCAUGGACUUUGUGAAGGUGAAUGAGGCGGGAAAGAUCGUGGAGCACUGGGCGUGUAUUCGGCCAGCGGAGCUGUUGGGAGAGUAG